CGACCUGCGGCCAAGUUUGAUUCAUCUUUAUAAAACGCGGGUCCCCGCCCUUCCGCCAGUGACAAACCCCCUGUCAGCAAACCACAAACACCCAUUCGCAGCGCUUUCGCAGGACAACCGUCUUUCAAACAGUCUUUCACCGACUUCAUCGCUAUUCGCAUCGCAGCAUCUGGAAUCCACAAAAAGCAGCCUAUUUUCUCCGUUUUGUUAUCGGAUUCUCGCCUCUGUACUUUAUCUGUGCAGACGCAUCUUUGCCUGGGGUUGCUCUUUGGUCGCCAAGACACCACCCUCUCCUCCCACGUAUCUCACAACCUUCCUUCCACCACAUCCGCACCCCGAAACAGCCAUGAGGUUCGACAUCGCGCUCUUGGCCCUCUCGCUCGUGGGCUCGAGUGCUGCCACGAUCAUCAACACGCCCCGACACGUCGAGCGCGUCGACGUUACUCCCCAGAACGAUCUAUUCAAGCGCCGCGGUGGCGGCGGCGGAGGAGGUCGCGGCGGCGGCGGCAGUGGUGGCAGCAGUGGAGGCAAAUCAUCCGGCUCAAGCAAGUCCGGCAGCAGUUCCUCCAGUAGCGGUUCCACCAGCAAAUCAUCCAACUCCGGCGGCACUUCGUCCAAGGGCUCCGGCGUCCAGCCCACCUACGGCGGUGGCCGAUAUUAUCCCGGAGGAGCUGCGGUUCCAUAUCGUGCCGGUGCUACGUCCGCCCUCGGCAUCGUUCCCUUCCUCCUACUCGGCUCCGCCAUCGCCUUCUGGCCCGGCGUCUGGCUGUACGGCGCGUACAUGUACCAUUACGACAACCCUUACCGCUUCUAUAACGCGUCCAGCAGAGCGAACGAGACCCGCGACGUCAUUUGCGGCUGCGCCCGCUACGCUGUCUGCGGAUGCGACGACAACAACUCGACCGCGUACUACGAUGAGCUCAUUGGCAAUGGCAGCUACGACGCCCUCAACAAGUCUAUUGUCAACGUCGCCAGGGUCAACGGCACCGAGACAAUUCUCAUCAACGGCACCCUCGCAAACGGCACCACCGUCGCGGGCGAAGACUCCGCCGCCGCCGGCAGCUUGCAAGCUUUGGCCGAGGCAGCCGGCUUCUGGCCUGUGUUGGCCACGGUCAUCGCCACAGUCUUCCUGUUUUAGGCCAUCAACCAACUCCCUUCUUUCAAUGUAAAUUCUUCGUCUUAAAUAAUUUCAUGACCUUCGUAACGACUGUUGGACUUCCUCUCGGCCUUGGGUGGACCAAAAUGGGGUUUGGUGGGACUCAUAACCAUGGCUUGCGGCUUGCUUGGCGUUAUUACCCCGGUGGGAGAGGGAAGAUAUCCUGGGUCCCUCUUGGGUGGCGCUUUGUUUAUUAGAUUAUCACUGCUUCUUAGAUCACUCAAUUGGAACAGGUUAAAACA